CUUGCCUCCGAUUGGGGGCCUAGAUUAGCGAUGAUGGAUUAUUCGAUCUUGAAUGCAGGGAAGGGUGUGUCCGGAAAUUAUUCAGCCCUGGAGAUUAUUCGCUCUUGCAUGCUUCCACUCUUCGUAUGGUACUGUCUUAUCCUUCUCUAUCGUCUCACAUUCCACCCUCUAUCGCGAUAUCCUGGCCGUCUAUCAGAGAGACUUUCAGACUGGCCUAUAGUAUACUAUUGUAUCAAGGGUAAUCGACAUAUCAAGCAAUUACUUGCUCACGAGAAAUAUGGUCCAAUCGUCCGCGACGGCCCAAACAGUCUCUCCUUUCGCUCUCCAGAAGCCCUGAAAGCCAUCUACGGCAACAAUGCCCACAUUAAGAAGGGUGAUUGGUACCUAACCCUCGAUAUCUCAGCCGGCGCGCCCUCUGUCCAAAUGGUGAUUGACCAACACCAACAUGCUCUCCGCCGACGCGUCAUGUCUCCAGCCUUCUCGGAGAAGGCACUUCGGGACGCCGAGCCGCUCAUCAACACCACUGCACGCAAACUGUGCGAAAGACUAGCAGAAGCGCUGAGCUGUACGAAAGAUGAGUGGAGCAAAGGAUUCGAUCUGCAGGUGUGGAUCGCAUAUUACGGGUAUGAUUUCAUCUCUGACCUAGCUUUUGGGCGGAGUCUUGAGUUACUAGAUCGCGAAGAACACCGAUUCGUCCCUCCCACACUCAGGAGCGCAAGUCAGUUCUUAUACUACGUUGGCUACCUUCCGUUCGCCGCCCUGGUCCGCCCAUUAAUGGGGACAUCCGUGCAGGAUUACUUUCCUGGUCAGUCGGCGAGAGAUUCGCUGAAGUACACUGAUCUUGCGAAUUCGAGACUAGCGGAGCGUAUUGAGAGGGAAAAGAAAAGGAAGGAGGGGGGUGGUGGGGCAGAGAGAAAGGACACUUUUCACUAUUUACUGAAUAGUAGGGAUCCAGUGACGGGGAAAGAGUUCACCGUGGAAGAAUUACAGGCCGACACCUCUUUGCUCAUCGCGGCCGGUAGUGAUGGUGUCACAUUAGCUUCGUGUGCGCUGCUCUUUUACGCCCUUCAGCAGCCGCACAUUCUCCGAAAACUAAUCAACGAGAUCCGUGAGGCUUUCCCAACAGUAGAGGAUAUCCGCACGCCGAAAUUGAAUGGCUUGCUGUAUUUGCAUGCUUGUAUAGAAGAGAGUUUACGAAUGGCACCACCGAAACCAGGGAGCUUGCCGCGGAUUGUGCUGCCUGGUGGCACUGAAAUCGAUGGCCAGCAUAUUCCCGCCGGAACCACAGUGGGAGUCUCACACUACGUGAUCCACCGUAACGCAGAUGUUUUCCCAGAGCCUAAUAUGUUCAGGCCUGAGAGGUGGAUAGUUGGAGAUGGUAACAGUGCUGAGCAGCUUGCAGCGCAGAAACGAGCGUUUUGCCCUUUCGGCAUUGGUCCAAUGAACUGCAUCGGCAGGAACACAGCUUAUCUUGCCAUCAAACUUGCGCUUGCGCACUUAUUCUGGCAAUUUGAUUUUAGAGUUCACGGAGACUUGAUUGGAGGUGGCAGCAAGAAAAUGGAGGAAGGGCGGAGGGAUGAAACUGAGUACCAGAUGUACGAUUGGAUUAUUGGAUUUCCGAGUGGACCUAUUGUGCAGGUGAGGUCAAGGGUCUGAAAGCGUGGGUUUUUAUGUGCG